GGUGCGACCGAAUUCACUGCCCGCUCAUUCGCGCGCUUAUAGGACCAUCACAACAUCAUCUAGACGUCUUCCGAGGUAGACUACCUUCACUCAUCGCCUUCAAUACGUACACAACAAUGAGCGGCUUCAAGCCAACGGUGAAGGUGUGCGGGAGCAUCGACGAAAUGAGCGCUGCGGCUCGUCAGAUUAUCCUCGGUGAGGUUCAAAAGCGGGCUAACCCGGGAAGGCCCAUCGUUCUCGCGUUGUCAGGCGGCUCCACACCAAAGAAGCUCUAUGAAGAGAUGCACACACACGACCUCGGCCUGCUCAAGGGGCACUCUGUGCUGUUCAUAAUGGGCGAUGAGCGUCUUCUGCCCUCCGACGACGAGCAGAGCAACUUCGCGAUGGCCACCAAGGCGCUGCUGCGUGACGUGCCGGCCGAGGACGUCGUUGCGGUGAACCCGUCCGCCGCGCUGGAGACGUCGGCCGACGAGAAGGCCGGUGCGAACGGGGCGUGGAAGGUCGCGGCGGACUACGAGGAGAAGCUGCUGCACCGCCUCUCGCUGUCGCAGACGUGUGAGGAGACCGGUGUGGUGAGGCCGGUCCUCAUGGUGGACGUUGUCCUGCUCGGCUUCGGCUCCGAUGGGCACACCGCAUCCAUCUUUCCCGGCUCUAUCGCCGCCCAGGACGACGACCAUCUCGUCUCCGUCAGCUUCCCGAGCCCAACGAUGAACCCCAAGGUGUGGCGCAUCACCCUCUCGAAGAGUGUCAUUGUAAACGCCAAGCAUGUGGUGGUGCUCGCUGGUGGAAAGGACAAGAAUUGGGUGGUGCACGGCGUGUUGGACGAACAUGCGCCAGAGCGCUCGCCGGUGUCGCGAUUCUUGCGGGACUGCAAAGGCAAAGUCACGUUCUUGUUGGAUGCCGGCUCUGGCGAGGGCGUUUCGCCGUCUUCGUAG